UAUUUUUUAAUCCUGACCCAAGACGUAGGGGAGGAAGCGGAGUCGGGGCGGGGAGGCUUUCCCAGUUAUUUAUUUUCUCCCCCCGCAGAGGUCUCUCCUCCGGCCACCGGCUCACCAUGAUGUUUCGAGACCAGGUCGGCGUGUUGGACGGUUGGUUCAAGGGCUGGAACGAGUGCGAGCAGACUGUUGCGCUGCUCUCGCUGCUGAAACGCGUCAGCCGGACCCAAGCUCGCUUCCUCCAGCUCUGCCUGGAGCACUCCCUGGCAGACUGCACCGAGCUCCACAUCCUCGAAGGGGAGGCCAACAACCCCGGAAUCAUUAACCAAUGGCAACAGGAAUCCAAGGAUAAAGUGAUUUCCUUAUUGUUAACCCACCUGCCUUUACUGAAGCCCGGAAACAUCGAGGCAAAAGUUGAAUAUAUGAAACUCUUGCCUAAAAUCCUGGCCCACUCGAUCGAACACAACCAACACAUCGAGGAGAGCAGGCAGCUGCUGUCCUACGCCUUGAUACACCCUGCCACCUCCUUAGAGGACAGGAGCGCCCUGGCCAUGUGGCUCAACCACCUGGAGGACCGCACGUCGGGUGGCUUCGGCAGCCAGAGCAGAGGUCGGUCGGAUUCGGUGGACUACGGGCAGACGCACUACUAUCACCAAAGACAAAACUCCGACGACAAACUCAACGGAUGGCAAAACUCUCGAGACUCGGGCAUAAGCGUCAGCGCUUCCAGCUGGCAGGACAAAAACCUGGCGUGCGAGAAUGGCCAUCUGCCCCUCUACUCCUCCUCCUCCGUCCCCACAACCAUCAACACCAUCGGCACUAGCACAAGCACCAUUCUCUCAGGCCAGACACACCACAGCCCUUUGAAACGCUCUGUGUCCCUUACCCCACCCAUGAAUGUGCCAAACCAACCUCUAGGACAUGGAUGGAUGUCUCAUGAGGACUUACGAGCUAGAGGACCCCAGUGCAUCCCUUCCGAUCAUGCCCCCCUGUCUCCACAAAGCAGUGUAGCCUCUUCGGGAAGUGGUGGGAGUGAACAUUUAGAAGAUCAGCCUUCCGCUCGUAACACAUUCCAGGAGGAAGGGAGUGGGAUGAAAGAUGUCCCAGCCUGGCUGAAGAGCCUCCGGCUGCACAAGUACGCCGCCCUCUUCUCGCAGAUGACGUACGAGGAGAUGAUGGCCCUCACCGAAUGCCAGCUCGAGGCACAAAACGUUACCAAAGGCGCAAGACACAAAAUAGUCAUCAGUAUCCAAAAGCUAAAAGAAAGACAAAACCUGCUCAAAUCUUUAGAAAGGGACAUCCUGGAAGGUGGCAACUUACGUGUCCCGCUGCAGGAACUACACCAAAUGAUCCUCACCCCCAUCAAAGCCUACUCUUCCCAAAACUCGAGCACGGAGGAGCACAGCCGGGACGCGGACUCGCAUCACCCCUCCUCCCUGAUCGGCUCGGACAGCCAAGGCUCUGACUGCAAGGACUCUGCCGCGGGGGGAAUGCAGCAGCACCAUUUGCCAGGAUGCGAGGGCGAGUCGGGGGGGGCCCCUUUGCCCGAAGGUGACCUGCCCGGACAGUUCACCAGAGUGAUGGGGAAAGUAUGCACACAACUUCUCGUUUCCCGACCCGAUGAAGAGAAUAUAAGUUCCUAUUUACAGCUCAUAGACAAAUGUCUAAUCCACGAGGCGUUUACAGAGAUCCAGAAGAAGCGGCUGCUGUCAUGGAAACAGCAGGUGCAGAAACUCUUUCGGUCUUUCCCUCGGAAAUCCCUCCUGGAGCUGUCAGGCUAUCGGCAGCAGAGGAGGUACGCCGGCUUUUGGGGAUGGAUGGAUGCAGCGGCCGGGGGGCCCGGCAAGAGCAUCUCGAGAGGGACCGAUGUCUCCCAGCAGGGAGGGACUGAUCCUGCCGGGUUCAGAGCCGCGUUUCAGGAGGGAGGAGGGUUGGAAAAGCUUCGGCAAUAA